CGUGUGAAUAGAAAUAAUAUUUUAAAAACAAUAUUAAAAUGGUUCGCCACAAUAAUCAGUUGCCAGAUAAUUUACCGCAACUGCAAAACCUUGUGAAACGUGAUCCUGAAAGCUACAAGGAAGAUUUUUUGCAGCAAUAUAAAUUUUUUCUGAAUACUUUGGAAAUUUUUAAAUUAUCACCAGACAAGGAAAGCAAAAGUCUUGAUGAACUUGUUAUGUUCUUAGCGCAGGUCGCACAAUGUUAUCCAGAAGAACUUAAAUUAUUUCCCCAGCAACUUGUGGAUCUUCUCAAAACUCAUUCAACGACAUUGUGCAAAGAAAUGAGAAAUUCUUUCUGUCGUGCUUUGAUUCUUCUUCGUAACAAAAAUCUAAUUUCUCCUUUGGAUCUUCUUGAGCUGUUCUUUCAACUACUUCGAUGUCCUGACAAAAAUCUUCGAAAGUUUCUUGAGAAUCACAUCAUCACGGACAUUAAAAACAUGAAUGCAAAGAGCAAAGAUAUGAAACUUAAUGCAACAUUACAGAAUUUCAUGUUUUCAAUGGUGAAAGAUUCAAAUCCAAAAGCUGCGAAAAUGUCACUCGAUAUUAUGAUUGAGUUGUAUAAGAAGAACAUUUGGAAUGAUGCGAAGACUGUCAACGUUAUUGGAACCGUUGGAUGUUUCUCUAAAGUCACUAAAGUUUUAGUGGCUGCUUUAAAAUUCUUCUUAGGAACUGACGAAGAUGACGAAGAUUCUGAUAGUGAAUCAGACAAUGAGCCUGAUUUGAAAGCUGCAGUUAUGGCGAAUCGUGUUGCAAAGAAAACAAAGAAACGAAACAAACAACUCGAAAAUGUUAAGAAAUUGCACAAAAAGUUUCAAAACAAGAAGAAGAAAGCGCCAACAUUCAAUUUUUCAGCAAUUCAUUUAAUUAACAACCCACAAGGCAUGGCUGAAGAUCUGUUCAAGCAACUUCAGGAUGGAAAUGAACGAUUUGAAGUGAAACUACUUCAUCUUGAUGUCAUCUCAAGACUUAUUGGAAUUCAUGAGCUUUUCAUCUUCAGUUUCUAUCCUUACGUAACAAGAUUCUUGCAACCACAUCAAAGACAAGUCACGAGAAUUCUUCAAUUUGCAGCGCAAGCAGCACAUGAACUUGUUCCACCUGAAGUCAUUCAACCAAUAAACAAAACCAUUGCAAAUAAUUUUGUCACUGAGAGAAACUCGAGUGAUGUGAUGGCGAUUGGAUUGAAUGCAAUUCGUGAAGUUUGUCAACGUUGUCCAUUGUCAAUGGAAGAAGAUUUACUUCGGGACUUAGUGAUGUAUAAGAAUUAUAAAGAUAAGUCGGUUAUGAUGUCUUCUCGUUCACUUAUUUCACUUUAUCGUGAGCAAUUCCCAUCACUUUUACAUAAGAAAGAUCGUGGACGUCCAACAGAGGCUAGCGCAGAGUUUGAACCGAAAAAAUAUGGUGAAGUCAAAGCUGUUGAUUUUAUUCAAGGCGCUGAAGCUUUAGUUAAAGACGGAAAUGAUGAAAGUGCAAGUGAAGACGAAGAAGAUUCAGAUGAUUCUGGAAGUGAAUCAGGUUCAUGGGUUGAUGUAAGUCAUUCUGAAAAUGAUGAAAAAAUCGAUGAAGAUUCUGAAAUUGAUGAAGGUGAGCAACCAUCAAAGAGUGAUGAGAAGGAAGCAGCAAAGGAAUUAGCUUUGACAAAGAUUUUCACCGAUGCCGAUUUCAAAAGAAUUGAAGCUGAGAACCUUAAAAGAAAAGUCACAAACUCAAGAAAACGUAAAGCAACUGAAACAGCAACAACACCGGAAAAAUCAGAUUUUGUAAGACUCAACGACAUUGAAAUGAUUUACAAAAAGCGUCGAACAGAUAAACAAUCACGUCUCGAAACAGUUCAGAAAGGACGUGAAGGUCGAGAG